GGAGCCAAACAGGAAGUUUUGUGACCCACAAGUGAUGUAACCAAAAGGAACCCCAUCCUAUCCUCACCUGCUCUCUUUUUGCCAAACCUAUUCUGCGUCGCAUUUUGUUUACUUUCCGAGGGAAACCAAAACAGAGGCAUGUCGAAGAAGUGCAGUGUGCGAUCUCUGAGCGACAGUGCUCUGGCCGAGCUGGCCAACCUCCUGGUGUCCACCAUCAGCUACGUGCAGUACGCCCCGGACGUCCACUUGGACAUCAACAUUGUGAUGGUCGAACUGAACGAGUACCUGGCCCAGUCUGGCGCCACUUCGAACAUCUACCAGGAUCUGCUGCGGGUCAUUCUCAGCUCGGACUAUCUGGACGCCAACAUGCGGUUCACCUGCCUCCAGAUGUUGCUCAAUUGCGGAGUCACCUUCCUGGUCACCGAGGUGUUUCCGUUCAGCUACUACGAGAAGAUUUUGCAGGUGAUAGCUGCCCAAGGAGCAGGACUGCGGGUGCUCAACAUCAAGGGAAUCUGGGUGAAGGAGGAGCACAUGCACUACAUGUAUGAGAUCGUGCGGCGGUGCAAGCAGUUGGUCAAGCUGUACGUGCCCUACAUAGCCAACGAUCAGCUGCUGGAGGAGAUUGGCAAGUGGUCGACACGCCUGCAGAUACUUGACAUCUCCGGGGAGACGGAUAUCACCGAGAUAGGCAUCGAUGUCUUGGCCAAGGGCGUGUGCUGUCAAUCGCUGACUAUGGUGGAUGUGGGUAUGCCGGGCGAGGAGAAUAUCUGUCAUUCCGACAUUGCCCUAAUACUGGAACACUGUCCCCAAGUGGAAACCCUUUCGACAUACUCCUUCGUGGGCGCCGCCCUGAAGUUUAUUUACGAUAACGUGGACGAUCGGUUCAAGUGCCGGCUGAAAUAUGUCCACGACACAGGAACGGACGAGACUGGUCUCCACGUGAUUAUGCAGACAUGUCCGCGACUGGAGACCCUUUACCUGGACACCCCCAAAACGGGCUGCUUGAGGGCCCUGCACACCAGAACCCUGCGAAAGCUGAAGAUCUACAAGUUUGUGGUGGCCGAGCUACUUCCCCUCCUGGAGCGACCCAUCGGCAGAAAUCUCAGGCAUCUGACCAUGAUAAAGGGAACUGGUAACCUGGAACUGGGCAAGCUGGCCAGGCUCUGCCCGUCGCUGAUCGAUCUAGACUGCUAUAUGAUCGACAGCCUGUCUUAUGGGCAGGCCCACGCCAAGUUUCAGCAGCUGGAGGGCCUCGAGAUCCUCAGCAGCGCCAUCAUGACCAGUUCCCUGAAGGCCUUCCUUUGCAAUUCCACAGAUCUGAAGCGUCUGGCAGUGGAUACGGUGGAGUUUACAGAUGAAGAUAUUAUGAGCAUGUUUGUUCAGCACGAUUUUAAAGUUUUGGAGGAUAUUUGGUUUACUUUGGCACCGGAGCUCACAGUGCAGGCUGUGGAGCUUCUGAUGGACAGUUGCCCGGAGUUGCAGUCGGUGGGACAACUAACUGGAUGGUCCCUAACGCCCGACGACUUGGCGCUAAUUCGGGGACUUUUAAAAAGCGGCAAUUCGAGCAUUGUACUGACACCAAACGGUUUUCUCGCUUGAGUAUUUCUAUACAAUUUAAUUUAAGCCAAAACAAUUUCCCAAUCUCCUAAUUAUUUAUUCCAAUAAUUUUUUUUCUUUUUUUCUUUCUAGCGCCUUCAGUAGCCUUGAUGCUAUCUUCCCACACUCAACAACAACAAGAGCAAACGUUU